UUUAUGGUUGUGUGCUAUACUUUCUGCACUAAAAACGAAAUCGGUAUACUAUGGUAUAUAAUUAGAUGUUGGAAGGAAAAAGAAAGAAGAUGAGACGCACUGAAAGUUCAGUUACAAAGGAUAGGCGUUUUUUUAUGCAUUAAAUCUGUUGAAUUGAGUCAUCUCAGUAUGUAUGUUUUAUAGUCAUGUACAUACAUACAUAUUUAAGCAGAAAGUACCCAUUUAGUGACUGUAUCAUUACAAUCUGCUCUCACUUGUAAACAAUGGCGUGGUCAAACUAUCAACGUACUUUAGCUGUACUUCAAGUAAUUACGGGCUCGUUUAAUACUUUAUCAGUUAAAUAUGCUGAUCGACAAAUUGUACUUGGCGAAGAUGACCAACUUAGGCAUUUUAACCAUCCUUUUAUGCAAUCGUUAUUUAUGUUUUUUGGAGAGGCUCUUUGUUUUUUAGCAUUCAAAGUCUUCUACUAUUAUUAUAAUCGGCGAAGCGAUGGCUCUGUAGAUAAUCAUGUACUCACUAAGGGUUCGAGGAUUUUCAAUCCUUUUCUUUUACUAGUACCUGCAUUGUGUGAUAUGUUUGCAACGUCCAUAAUGUAUAUCGGUCUGAACAUGACUUACGCAAGUAGCUUCCAGAUGUUGCGCGGAUCAGUGAUUGUUUUUACAGGAAUGCUUUCUAUUGGAUUUCUUAAUAGGAGAUUGGGUGUUAGAGAAUGGAUAGGCAUCGGCUUUGUUAUAAUGGGUUUAGCAUUUGUCGGUGUUAGUGAUAUAUUAACAAUGGAAGACAGUGAUAUCAGUGCAAAUUCUGUCAUCACUGGGGAUCUGCUUAUUAUAUUUGCUCAGGUAAUAACAGCUGUUCAAAUGGUUGUCGAAGAGAAAUACGUGGGACAACAGGAUAUUCCUGCGUUACAAGCGAUUGGAUGGGAGGGCAUCUUUGGAUUUAUUGGUAUGUCUAUCGCUUUAAUCCCUCUUAAUUACAUUACUGCACCACCACCUUUUGCGGAUAAUUCACGCGGUACACUUGAGGCCUCUAUAGAAGCUCUUAUCCAAAUAGGAAACAAUAGCCCGUUGUUGAUAGCAAUUAUCGGUAUUGCAUUUAGUAUUGCUUUUUUCAAUUUUGCUGGCAUUAGCGUUACUAAGGAAAUGAGUGCUACAACGAGAAUGAUUUUAGACAGUGUUCGUACAAUUGUGAUAUGGGUAUUUUGUUUAGCGUUGCAAUGGCAAGCUUUUCAUUAUAUGCAGCUCAUUGGUUUUAUAAUUCUUUUAAUUGGUAUGGCAUGUUACAAUAACAUCGUAAUUCCACAAUUAAUUCGAAAAUAUCGACGUCUUCUGGGACGUCAUACAUUACCUGAAAAUGAAGAUCGUAUUAUUAAUACUGCUGCAGACGAUGUGCAAGAAACAAUAUAAAUAUUAAUUAUAAGUAUACUUUAAGUAUAUCAAACUGUAAUUAUCGCAUGUUAAUUGCCUUUGACAGUGCUCAUUAUGUCAACAAAAGACUAAGAUACAGAAGAUUUGUAAUUUUAUGAUUUAAACUUUAAAGUAAUCGCAAUUCUUGUAUCUAUCUCAUUAAGAACAAAUAUAUGUAAAAUAAUUAUAUCUGUAUUUUCGCCUUUUUAAGAUAUAAAUUUAAGUGAAAGAAGCACAGAGUUCGGUUAGGUUUAUAUAUGUAUACCAAAAUGUAAUAAAAAAUAUAAUUUUUAUUGUUGAAUAAUA